ACUCUCAUUGUUCGAUCGUCACGUCAUGGAAAGAGUUACUGCGUUUGUGCUCAAAGUAAAGAAAUACUUUAUGAAAAACUCUUCACGGGCCUGUUGAAUCACUUCUCGAAGGGAAUAUUAUGAACACACGGCGAUCUGAAGUGGAUCUGUGGAUUAUAAAGAUGCUUUAGAUGUACUUUUUGUUCUUUUGUUGGCGGAAUCCAAAGGAUGCGUUUAUUUCCCAUCUCUGUCCGGGACGAAAUGUUGGGAUAAUGUUUUGAUCUAGGCUUUAGUUCAGCCGGACUUGCAAAACAGACGUUUGUUUAUGUUUUUUAAUACUUUCGGCAGCAUGCAAGAUGCCUAAAACUAUUACAUAGUUAUUAUGAGACACUGAAGUGAGUGUGUUUGCCGGUGUCUCGGUUCUCCUGGACGGGAUUUGUGGAUUUAUCCGAUUAUUAUUGUUUUGCGGAUGAAGAUUCUGAUUCUGUGGAAUAAUGAAACGGCAUAAAUUAAGGGAAGUUGGAGAAUAACAACCUGACAGGGAGUCCAAACAUGUAAAACCUACUUUAUUUACAAAUGUAGCAUAUUGCAUAUCGACUCACCUGGGAAAAAAGUUAAAAGACUCCUUUUUGUUUUCUUAGUGGUUAUUAACUUUAAAAAGACUUGAUUUAUUUGAUUGAUCAGCCUCAAAACUGUUAGUUUUGUUAAAGUACUAUGAAUAUUUUAAUAAGCACUGCUGUACUGCAUAACCAAACGUUAUCAAGUUAUCAAACAGCCCUGUUUUUGUCAGAUUUGAUCAGUGCAGUCUGAUAUGAGGUAAGGAACGUAUUUCGUGGCCUAUUUUUGUGCAUCUGGCUUGCAAAAUUUACAAAAAUGUCUGUGAGAGCCAAAGCCCUCUACACUUUCCAAAGUGAGAACAAGGAAGAGAUCAGCAUCCAAGAGAACGAGGAGCUGGUGAUUUUCGACGAGAACUCUGUGGACGGCUGGCUACAAGGUGAGAACAGCCGAGGAGAGCGCGGCCUGUUCCCCGCCUCGUACGUUCACAUCAUCCGGAACCGUUCCGGGUCCAACCUAACCGAUCAUUCCCUCAGCUCCCCUGGAAGCUCUCCCGGUAAGGAUUUGUCGUACAUCAAUACCACUUCCACGACCUUGCCGAGCGACGACGAUGAUGACUGGGAUGACUGGGAUGAAACCUCGACGGUGGUCGAGGAUGAAGAUCCUCGGAGAGGUGUUGGCGCCAAUGGGCAUUCCCAAAGUCCGUAUUCCAACCCCAACGUCCACUACCGGGCCAAGCCGUACAUGGAGCGCCAGGACAGCAUGUCCAGCAAUAGAAAGGGCAGCAUGGUGGGCAGGAACUUGAAUCGAUUCUCCAGCUUCGUCCGGUCAGGUGUGGAGGCCUUCAUACUUGGCGACGUUCCCAUGAUGGCCAAAAUCGCCGAGUCCUACUCUAUCGAAAUGGGCCCUCGGGGGCCUCAGUGGAAGGAGAACCCUCAACCUUUCAACUGUUCAGUUGAAGACCCCACCAAGCAGACGAAGUUCAAAGGCAUUAAGACGUACAUUUCAUACCGCGUCACCCCCAGUCACACUGGCAGGCCGGUGUACCGCCGCUACAAGCACUUUGACUGGCUCUACAAUAGACUACUGCACAAAUUCACGGUGAUUUCCGUGCCGCACCUUCCUGAGAAACAAGCCACGGGACGAUUCGAAGAAGACUUUAUUGAGAAAAGGAAGAGGAGGCUUAUUUUAUGGAUGGACCACAUGACCAGCCACCCCGUGUUGUCCCAGUACGAGGGUUUCGAACACUUUCUUAUGUGCGGAGACGACAAGCAGUGGAAGCUCGGGAAGAGGCGAGCAGAAAAGGACGAGAUGGUCGGGGCUCAUUUCAUGCUCACCUUCCAGAUUCCCAAUGAGCAUCAGGAUCUUCAGGACGUGGAGGAGCGCAUUGAUUCCUUUAAGGUGUUCGCCAAAAAAAUGGACGACAGUGUUAUGCAGCUGACGCAUGUGGCAUCGGAACUGGUUCGCAAACAUCUCGGAGGCUUCCGGAAGGAGUUCCAAAGACUGGGAAAUGCUUUCCAGUCCAUCAGCCAGUCCUUCCUACUAGAUCCUCCGUAUAGUUCGGACGCCCUGAGCAACGCUAUAUCGCACACAGGCCGCACCUACGAGAACAUCGGGGAGAUGUUCGCAGAGCAGCCCAAAUACGACCUGUUUCACAUGCUGGAUAAACUGUCGCUGUAUCAGGGCCUGCUGUCUAACUUUCCAGACAUCAUCCACCUGCAGAAAGGUGCUUUUGCAAAGGUGAAGGAGUCUCAGCGUAUGAGCGACGAGGGGAAGAUGGACCAAGAGGAAGCGAAUGGCAUUCGUAAACGCUGCAGGACUGUUGGUUUCGCCCUGCAGGCCGAGAUGAACCACUUCCACCAGCGCAGGGAGGUGGAUUUUAAAGAGAUGAUGCAGGCGUAUCUCCGCCAACAGAUCGCCUUCUACCAGCGCGUAGGUCAGCAAUUAGAGAGAACCCUUCGAAUGUACGAUAACCUCUAGAGCCUUUGGCCUCUGGACUGCGAUGGAUGGAUAUACAUGGGGUUUUUUUUACUCCCAAAGUUGGAUUUUGUUUGUUUUUUGCAAAAAGAGAAACAGGACGUUCUCGCUUGUGCACUUAAAAAUGUCACUUUUAACCCCGGAAACCAACAAUACAGUUGCCUUUGACAGACUGUUCCUGUAUAUCGUCAUGUUUUGAAUUUUAUUUAAAUAUCUGUUAGAUCAAUGUUACACUUUUUCCAUAUUUUUUACUUCAAUGCUCACAGAGUCAGGUGUGCGAAUGACGUUACCUGUACGUUAGCAGGUUCAGACGCUAAUCAGACUCCAAAAAACAGUCUGGUCAUGUGACGUUAAGUUGUUUACAGAAUAGUUUGCCAAAAAAAAACACAGUUAUCUCUUGAAAGAAGCAAAUAGCGACAGUGUGUCUUAUUUAGGCGCAAUGUAAAAAAGUGUCAAAUGCUGAGCGUUACAUUUUCUAUUUAUAGUUUGUGUUUAGUAGCUCCGCCCACACUGAAAUCUCAUUGGUCCAGAAGCCUGUUCCAUCACUGAAAACAUAUGAACUUUAUAUUAAAUAUAUUACAUGGUCUAAUUGGCUUGGAUUUGUUGUUUCGCACAAUAUUUCGCUUUCGGUGAUGACAGAAAUGUGACUUGACGCUUGAAACGUUCAAUUCCCAAAUUAGCUUGGACUGGAUGAGCAAGAAGUAAACCCACAUAGCAGGUUCAUGUGGCUUCUGCUCACUUUCAGGACGUUUGAUCAGAUUAAACGUAACCCAACUCCCUUUCAGGCAGCGGAAGAUUCCUGAGUUUGCGUAAAACGUGCGGGUCUGAUUUGAUACAGAGAUCAGAUGUGAUAGAUCAGUGAUUCAGAUGAAUAACACCAGGCUUCCUCCGUGCCUUCAUUUUUGUGGUCCGGUACUAAUUUUUCCUAGUGUUAUUAAGACAAAGCGUGUUUUUGUGAAUUUCUGGGGAAGAGUCCCCCGCCCAGAGCCUCUGGAAACACUUCAGUAUUAGCAAUAGCAUUUAGCCGAAAUGUUUGUUCAGGGUGUUUCUCAAGCAAAAGGGAGCUCUUAUCCUCCUCUUCUCCUUUUUGUGUGCCCUCAGGAAAAACUUGAGAGGACUUUGAGCUUAUGUUAAUGGUUUUUGUUUUAAUUUCCUCAGAAGUAGGCUAAUCUUUAUUUUUAGUUGUAGUCGUUAGGUUUAAGGGGUGCAGAGGUUUGUGUAAAUCUCAAGGCUGCAAUUUAAGUUGACUCUGUGGUUAAGAGUUGUGUUUUUUCUUUUUUUUUUUUUUACAAGGCUUUUGGUUUGGUUUAACUGUAAAACUUCUCAAGUUUCAGAUUGUAAACUUGGAUGUUUACCGUUUGCACACGUAGUAACUGAGGACCAAAAUGUAAACUUUUGGGUUUACUGAUGUUUUGCUUUGUAUAUGUUUAAAAAAAUGGAGCCGAUUUCUAUGAAACCCUGUUUUCUAAGUGGAAUAAGACAAUAAAAGAGAUGUGAACUCAUAAUUCUAAGAAGAAAGUUCAGAAUUAUGAGAUUAAAAGGUGCAGUUUUCUAUUUUUUAUUUUGUAGUGGAAACAAAAAAGUCAGAAUUGUGAGAUUUAAUUUCGGAAUUUUGAGGAAAAAGUCAAAUUUCUGCCUUUUUUCAUUGGAAUUCAACCGUUUUCUUUUCAGAAUUUUAAGUUUAUGUCAGAAUUGUGACAUAAAAAGUUGCAACUUUCAAUUUUUUAUUCUGUGGUGGAAACAAAAAAAAAAUUGCGAGAUUUAAACACAAUUCUGAAAAAAGUCAGAAUUGUGGGAUAUAAAUUCAUUAUUUUGAGGAAAAGGUCAGAAUUCUGCCUUUUUUUCAUAGAAUUCUAAGUUUAUAUCAGAAUUGUGAGAUAAAAAGUUUAAGUUUUCAAUUUUUUAUUUUGUGGUGGAAAAAAGUUAGAAUUGCAAAAUUUAAACACAAUUCUAAAAAAAAAUUCUAAAAAGUCAAAAUUGUGAGAUUUAAAUCCGUAAUUCUGAGGAAAAAGUCAGAAUUCUGCAUUUUUUUCUCAGAAAUAUCAGAAUUGUGAGAUAAAAAGUUGCAAUUUUCUAUUUUUUAUUUGUGUUGGAAACAAAACAGUCAGAAUUUUAAAUGAGUAAUUUUGAAAAAAAAAAAGAAGAAGUCAGAAUUCUGCCUUUUUUUUAAAAUUCUGUUUAUAUCAGAAUAUAAAAAGUUGCAAUUUUCUAAUUUUUAUUCUGUGGUAAAAACAAAAAAUCGGAAUUGUGAGAUGUAAACACAAUUCUGAGAAAAAAAGUCAGAAUUGUCAGAUUUAAAUUUGUAAUUCCAAGGAAAAAGUCAGAAUUCUGCCUUCUUUUCCUCAGAGUUUGAAGUUUAUAUCAGAACUGUGUGAUAAACACAAAGAUAAAAAAGAGUUUUCUAUUUUCUAUUCUGUGCUAAAAGCAAAAAAAGUCAAAACUGUGAGAUUGAAACACAAUUCUGAGAAAACAAGUCCGAAUUGUGAGAUUUAAAUUUGUAAUUCUAAUAAAAAAGUCAGAAUUCUGCCUUUUUUCCUUAGAAUUCUAUGUUUAUUUUAGAAUUAUGAGAUUAAAAAGUUGCAAUUUUCUAUUUUUAUUCUGUGCUGGAAACAAAAAAGUAAGAAUUCUGAUAUUUAAACAAUUCAGAGAAAAAAAGAGUCCAAAAUGUGAGAUUUAACUGUGAAAUUCUGAGAAAAAAGUCAGAGUUCUUUCAGAAUUGUGAGAUAAAAAGUUGCAAUUUUCUAUUUUUUAUUCUGUGGUGAAGACAAAAAAGUCUAAAUAAAUAAAUAACUGAUUUUGAAAAAAAAAAAAAGAAGUCAGAAUUCUGCCUUUUUUAGAAUUCCGUUUAUAUCAGAACUGUGAGAUAAAAAGUUAAAAAGAAAAAAAAAAAAAAUUCUUUGGUAAAAAAAAAAAAAAAAAAAAAAUCAGAUUUGUGAGAUUUAAUCACAAUUCUGAGGAAAAAAAUCAGAAUUGUCAGAUUUAAAUUCGUAAUUCUGAUAAAAAAGUCAGAAUUCUGAGAAAACAAGACAGAAUUGUGAGACUUAACCAAUUCUCCGAAAAAAAAGUCCAAAUUGUGAGAUUUAAAUGCGAAAUUCUGAGAAAAAAGUCAGAAUUGUGAGAUUUAAAUUCGUAAUUCUAAUAAAAAAGUCAGAAUUCUACCCUUUUUCCCUCAGAAUUCUGUUUAUUUUAGAAUUAUGAGAUUGCAGUUUUCUAUUUUUUAUUCUGUAGUGGAAAUAAAAAAAGUCAGAAUUGUGAGAUUUAAAUUUGUAAUUCUAAAGAAAAAGUCAGAAUUCAGAUUUUUCUUUUUUUCACAGAAUACAUUUGUGAGAUGAUAAAUUGCAAUUUAAAUUCGUAAUUAUGAGGAAAAAACAAGACAAAAAAGGACUUUUUUCAGAAUUCUAAGUUUAUAUCAGAAUUGUGAAAUAAAAAGUUGCCAAACAGGCUUCCAUAGAUUUUGGCUCAAGCAAUAUAUUAAUAAAUAAUAGUCAACAUGAAAUCAAAAUCGACCUUGUUUACUUUCCUAAUACACACGAAUGCCAUUUUUCAAUAGAUAAACUCUCUUUGAAUGUUUUUAGUCCAAAAUAUGCUUCAUUAUGAAUUUGUUGCAAACUGCGUUUCAUGUUGGCUUUAACAUGAACACCGUGAAGACUAUUUUUAAGAAGGGACCAGUCUUGUGGGUUGCACAAGGGUUGUGUUUUUAGUGUCCACAGAUGUUUAUGCGCCCACAGAAGGAAAUGUUCAUCGUUUUCGAAUCAGUUAAAGCAACGCUGUAAGAUCCCGUAGGGGAUUUCUUUUCUGGUAAACGGGAAAAAAAUGCACAUAAACAAAAGCCCCUGCUUUUGAUUUUCUGGAAAACCUUGGAACGUAAAUAGACCGUGUGUCGGGGUUGCGUGUGUCCACUUGGCGACUUGACUCACAUUCCGGGAUACAGCUGAGCUCAAACGCACAGCAGAGUGCCUCACACUUUAGUCAUACCAAAGCAAAGACGGUUUUCCAUGACUAAUCCAAAUAUUACAUCUGCUUAAAGAUCCUUUUGCGUUUUGUAGCGACAGUGUCACAUCUGAAGACGGAUUACACACAUUCGGAGAGAAACGGAGCUCAAAUAUCGAGAAACUUAUAACAACAACUGCAGAAACGGUCUCAAAACGUUUCUUGGAUAACGGCAAACCUCACACGGAUGAUUUUGGACACUUUUAGGACGUGUGAGGCAGCGUCCAGCACAUUGCUCUGUGUUUACUCACUGUAAGGAAGUCAGUAGAAUUUAUAUAAUGUGUAGAUUUUACACUUUUUACACAUUCUGGUGUUCAACAGGGGAUCUGAAUAAAGAGAUCUCAAAAUGGA